CACCCAUUCACCCAUUCACCCAUUCACCCAUUCACCCAUUCACCCAUUCACCCAUUCACCCAUUCACCCAUUCAGUGGGAGGUGCUUUAGGCUACAGUGUGAGUAGGAGUUACAACACAAGAAAAUGUCGGAUAAAAACCAGGAAAAACAAUUUUUUACUAAACCAGAUAUUGUGGAAAAUAUACAUGAUGACAGACCAUUAGGAAGGAACAUAGAAAAGGCUUCAGGUUUGUUGACAGAACAUUGGAGCCCCAAUUACCCGCAACGAAGAGUAUCGGAAGCUACGUCAUCAUUACGACAUGACAGAAGUGACCCUUUGUUUCACGUGACCCACACGGUUGAGCAACCAAGCGUAUCGCAAGCUACAUCAAAGUUACAAGAAUCACGUGGUAAAGUGACGUCACGAAGACUAAGGUUUGAAGAUGUUUUUGGUUCAGAUGAUCGCCAUGCAACUAUUGCAAAACGGAGAGGUUUAUCGCUUGACCCAGCUGUCAUUGAGUCCAAGCGUCUGGUCGACCAUUACGAAGUUUGUAUGUUGAAUGGAGAGAUGGAGGAAGCGAUUGGAACAAAAGAUCACUUAAGCAAUUUGUUUAAGGAAAAAUUUCAAACCACACCAAAUGAUAUUAAAAACGUUGCUGACACUGUAAGGGAUGAAGAGCACAUGGAAGCGAUUUUAUUUUAUCAAAUCGCUGCCGCGUUUUAUAGAAAUCAAGCGUUAGCAGAUUUGGUUGGCAUAGCGCAUUGCGCAGAGGGGAUCAAAGAGUCUAUCAGGGCAAUGUUAUCACAUGACGAAGGAUUAAAACCGAUUCUUCGAACCCAGGUGAUUCCACUGAUGCGUGACAUGCGAGAAAUGAUUCGACGAUCUGACGACGUUAGCGAGGAAGAUCGGAAUUUGCAGGAAGUUUGGUGUUUGCAUUGGAUCGAAUACAGGAGAAAGCUGAAAAGUAUCAGGUGUACGCAACUUGUUUAAACAAUCUUGGUGUCACAUAUCUACGCACUUUCCUACCCAACGAUGCGUGCC